CUGUCUCGGACUCUGUCAACAGCAGACUUAGCGUGAAGGAAGCAUGGCGGCCACUGGCGCCGCUCUGGUGGCCCCCACAUAUGCUGGGCCUUUGUGCUUUUUGCCCAGCAAGCUGACAUCAGCCAAGGAGGUCUUGUGUGGCAGCCCAUUGCAUCAUCGGGGUUUUGCGGCGUUGGUUAAGAAAGCGGUGGGAAACGAAUGUCGGAAGUCUAGUUUUCAGCCAGCGCCAGUGGCGUCCGCCGACGUGGAAACACGAGCAGCUGAGGGGGAGGCUGCCAGUUCCAGCUCAAGCGGCUCUGCCAAUGCCAAUGUCAUGAAGAGGUUCAAGACGAGGGAGGUGUGGCGGAAAGACCCCGCCAAGGUCACCUACCUGGAUUCGCAGUACACCAGGUUUGCGUUCAUCAACGAGGUGCGCUUCAGCACGGACCUGAACGCCGUGUUUGCCAAGUACGGGAACUUGGACUUGCGGGAGAUUGUGCACAUUCUGUACCGGCUCCAGGAGCGGCGGGAGGGGCGUGCGGCGCUGAAACUGAUCGAGUUUCUUGAGAGCAGUCCAGUGUACUCGCAGCAGCUCGACGAGGCGACCUACAGGGCCUGCCUGGCAGCCAUUUCAAACUAUCCGCAAAUGUUGGCCAAGGCGACCAAGCUGUUUGAGGCCGCAAAAAAGAAGGGCGUUGUCAGGAUGACUGAGACGUACAACAUGUACCUGGCUCUUGUCAGCAAGCGGGGGGCAGUGGACGUGAUGGAGGACGUGUUGAAGCAGAUUGACGCGGCUGGUUUGAAGCGCACCGUCGAAACCUGGAACUACGUGAUCCAGGGGUAUGGCAAGAAGCGCGACCUCGAUCGCGCGGUUGCGGCCUUCACAGAGCUGCAGGCUGCGCGGCUGAAGCCUACAGCAGAAACGUACCGCGUGUUGAUAGAGGCGUUCUCGAGCGCGGGCCGGACAGAAGACGGGGAGAGGAUGGUUCGGGAGUCUGGGAUCCAGCUUACUGAGGUUCAGUAUAACGCCAUCAUGGACGGGUAUGCCAACGAGAAACGCCCCGAGAAGGUGGGGGAAACUCUGAAGGAGGCGCAGGCGGCAGGGGUUGAGCCAAACAACGACACAUUCCUCAUCUUGCUGAAAACGUUCGCUGGCGUUGGGGAUGCAAAGGGGGCCUGGGAGACCUAUCGUGCUCUCCGGUCGGCUGGGCACCCCCCGAGCGGAUAUGCAUUCCAGCUGCUAGCUAGUGCACGGAGAAAGGACAAACGCCUGGCGGGGGUGCGCGUGCGGCACGUGGUAGAGCUGCUUGAAACGAUUGGCGAGAGCCGGAUCCGCGUGAAGGAGGUGAUGGAGCGGCGCACGUGGUCCGUCAAGUGGGUGCUGCCCGAGGUCAAGGGGAUCCUGCGCGCACUGGCCAAGGACAAGAAAGACGACCUUGCGGAAGAGUUGGUUGAGUGGUGUUUUUCGCGGCCCGCGGAGGAAAGGAUGCUGCCGGACGAGGAGGCGCUGGCCGUUCUGAUCCAGGCGAAGGGCGCGGCUGGCCACGUGGACGCAGCGUGGCAGGUGUACAACAUGAUAGGAAAGGGCCGCGCCAAGCACAUCACGCCCACCAAGCGCGCGUUUGGCUCGCUCGUGCAGGCCUAUGUGGCGGCUGGCGAUGUGGCUCGGGCGGAAAUUAUUCUGGAGGAGAGCGAAAAGCGGUCCGGGAACUGGCCCCAGGCCGACACCUACUCGUACUUUGCGCUUAUGCGGCACUAUGCAGAGAAGGGGGACGCACAGAAGGUCCAGGCGUUGUUCGACCGUGCCCUCGCUGCGGAGGUGGCUCCCAACGCGAGCACGUUCAUGAUGUUGCUGAUGGCGUAUGACGUGGCGGGGCAGCGCGACAAGGCGCUCGAGGUUUACGACGCGCAGGGGACCAGCCACCUGGGGACGCUCACCGAGGGGGACGUGCGCAAGCUGACCGACUUCCUGCAGAAGCACGGCAGGCCGGACGAGGCCAAGAACGUGCAAGAUACGUUCAAGAAGAAGCCCGAAACCUCGGUUCCCGCAAAAGCAGCAACUCCUGCACGCGCCAUUAUUCCCCCUGCGCUCGAAACGGCAGAGCCCGAUGAAAAGCCCAAGGUGAUGGCCGAUCUGCUGACGACCAACCUGCGCGGGGCGGAGCGGAGAAAGCUAUCAGAUGCUCUGAUUAGCGGGGGGUACCUGCAAUCGCAGGAGGACUAUUUGCGGCUGGCGGAGGCGAUCAUGGAUAAGAAGCUGAAGCAGAGCGGGGCUAGGGUGCUUGAGCUUCUGCCGUACAUGCGGAAACAAGGAUUCGACAUUCCGCAUGACACGUGGACGCACCUGGUGCGGCGGGCGGACCGGGCAAUGCAAGCGGCGUCCAUGUUCUAUGCCGCCAAGCGAGAGGCGGGGCCGGAUUGGGACGACACGGAGGCAGCCCAGGCCCUAGCCGAGGCUCGGCGGGUGGCCGGAAAACCGCGGUGGGUGAACCACGUGGUCUGGUGUCUGACGUCACUCGGGCUCUCUAUCGAAGAAACCUUGAACCCCCGGCUAUGGCCCGACGAAUUCCGAGUUUCGGACGUGCCCGGCAGUGUUAGUACUCUACAACAAUCAGGAAGACCGGAACAGGCGGCGGAUCUUGAAGCACGGAUAAGAGAAAUAGCGCCGGAAACAGUGUUCGAGCGAAGCGGGGACCAUACCAAAGGUGCCCCAAAAGAAAACGAAGUAGACCCAAAAGAAAGCGAAGUAAAAACGGUCGAAGGGGUUGCCAACAUUCCAUCGGAUGUUUAAAACCGACGAGAAUCUGUCGUCAGGCGAUCAACCCGCGACGGUUCAUGAACACGUCAUGACUUUUGUAGUAUGGCCGGUUGCGCCAGCCUGUCUUCCAUUGCUG